AUGCCAACAAACCAAGAGCUACGCUCGAGGUCCAACAAAAAAACGAGCAAAGGGGCCAAAAAAGCUGAGGCUGCCAAACCAUCAUUAGCUUCCGCUGGAAAUCCGAACGUUCAAGCUGCAAGAGCUGCACGCGAUCUGUUGACGGAAGCCGGUACCUUUUCGUUCUCAUUCAACUCGGCAUUCAGAAUUUUGUUGAUUGCGCGCAUCACAUCGGCUCUGUUUGGUGUUAUCCAAGAUUGCGAUGAAGUCUUCAACUAUUGGGAGCCGCUUCAUUACCUUCAGCACGGUACUGGCAUGGAGACGUGGGAAUACUCCCCAGAGUUUGGCAUUCGAAGCUGGGCUUAUAUUCUUGUGCACAGUAUUGUGGCAACUGCUGUCAGUAUCUUGGCUACACACAAGAUGCAAGUGUUUUAUCUGUUGCGUUUGGCGUUUGCUGCAAUUUCUGCCUUUGUUGAAGCUCGAUUCUACCGUACAGUCACUGAAGAGAUCAAUCCACAUGUCGGUCGCUAUGUGUUUGUCGGUUUGUUUUUUAGCGCUGGCAUGUUUAAUGCAUCGACAGCUUUCUUGCCAUCCUCGUUUGCAAUGUGGACGACGUUUUUGGCUUUCUCGUACGCUCUUCGACCACCAAACCAAAUCACCAGCAAGCGGACGUAUCGUGUUGUUCUAUGUAUCGGCUUGGGCGCACUUAUUGGAUGGCCAUUCAGCGCCGCUAUUAGCAUCCCAUUUGUAGUUGACGAGAUUAUGGUUUACGGCCAUGACGGUGCUGUGGAUAGGCAAGGUCGAGUGGUUCAAAUCAUCAGACCCCCUAACUGGCGACUGCAGCGCGUUAUUCGUCUGGCAAAGGCUGUUGCCGUCUGUGCCGCUGGCAUCUCCGUGCCAGUCGUCCUGGUUGACUAUUUCUUUUAUCGACGACUUAUGUUUGUUCCGCUCAACAUUGUUCUUUACAAUGUGUUUGGAGGAGCUAACCAAGGCCCCGACAUCUUUGGUACUGAGCCAUGGUAUUAUUACAUUGUGAACGGAUUUUUGAGCUAUAACAUCUUAUUCUUGCUGGCGUUAGCAUCUGCACCUUUCGCGGCUAUUGCAGCAUUUGUUGAUCGCGAACGUGUACCAGGAUCAACCACGAUGGAUAAAAUGUGGCCUUAUAUCCAAUUGGGUACGAAGCUCUUGCCCUUCUACAUUUGGUUCACUAUCUUCACGUUGCAACCUCACAAAGAGGAGCGCUUCCUGUAUGUCGCUUACCCCUUCAUUGUUCUGAAUGCCGCUAUUUCUCUCUUUUUGGCACGUGGAUGGGUGAGCAGGACGGCCCGAGCAUUUGGAGCAAGCGUUCUUGUGCGUGCCAACAUUGUACGCUAUCUUGCUUUUGCUGUAUUGGCUGUGUACAGUGUCAUUUCUGUAUCUCGUAUCAUUGCCGUUACAACCCGGUAUCGUGCGCCUGCCCAAGUUUACAGCACUCUGUGGCAGGAACGUCCAGCCGACCAGCUCAUCAACCUCAACUAUCUCCAAGAAAACUAUCUCAACGAUGCGACCGUUGGCGAGAUCAAUUUGUGCGUCGGAAAGGAAUGGUACCGAUUCCCUGGUAGCUACUUUUUGCCAAGCGACAUGCGCUUACAAUUCAUCAAGAGUGACUUUGACGGCAUGCUCCCCAAGCACUUUGUGCCCGAUGUCAAGACUGUGACGUACGAGGAAAACGGAGAGGUGAUGACAUAUCGUGGACGUGAGUAUUCGUUCAAGGGAGCGCGUACCGUUCAGCCUGGUUUCAACAGCUACAACAAGGCAGACUCUGAUGCUUAUUUUGACCUUGAUAAAUGCGAUUAUCUCGUGGAUGCCGAUUACCCAUUGCGACCCAUUUCCACUCGUGAGCCUCGAUACAUCCAAGACGAAAAGACCUGGGAGGUUGUGGAUUGUGCACCCAUGCUGGAUGCAGUCAACUCUAAUCAGCUCUCACGUGCGUUUUAUGUCCCCGGCUCCAAAGGUCUAGUAUGGGCCGACUACUGUCUUCUCAAGAGACGACGCUCUUAA